AUGUUUACCUUCAAUAAAAGUGUUGUGUUUAUAUUUAUACUUAUAUUAGCAUUGGACCUUACAGAUGCUUAUAAAUUAGGCAAUCUGACUUGUAUUGAUGAUCCUCGCCCAGUUCCUGGAUCAAAAUUAACUUGUAAUUAUUUGGGAUGCAAACUAGAGUGCACAGGAGAAUAUAGAUUUCCAGAAGGUGAAAAAAGUCUCGACUUGGUGUGUUAUAAUGGUAGAAAUUGGGGCGUAAGGAGCUAUGGAAAUGCCAUUCCCGAUUGCUCACCAACUUGCUCGCCAGCUUGUUUGAAUGGAGGAAUCUGCAUUGAUACUAAUGAAUGCCAUUGUAGCCAAGAAUAUGCAGGCAGAAAUUGUGAAAAGAAGAUUCAGACCUGUCCUGAAAAAAUACCAAUGCCAGGAAAUACGAUGGGAAAAUGCAUAAUCUCUGGCACUCAAAGCUGUAAGGUUACAUGUGUAGAAGGACAUACGUUUCCCGAUGGUACAAUAACUUCCGACCUGAGAUGUAGAAAUGGAAUGUGGUCAAUGGAACCAAGAAGAUUUGAAAAAUGUGAACCUUCCUGUAACCCAUAUUGUCAAAAUGGAGGAACAUGCAUUGCACCAGAUAUAUGUAAAUGUCCAACUGAAUUUAAAGGAAAUUUGUGUCAAUACACAACUGAUCGUUGCUCUCCAAAAAAAUUGAAAUUUAAUGGGCUGUAUGCAUGUAAAGGUUAUUAUGAUAAAAUGGAAUGUGAGCUUCAAUGUCCAGGAGAUUUUCAACCAUCAUAUGAAUUUGCAGCAAAGUACACCUGUAAAUACAGCGAAGGAAUCUUUAAUCCGUUCCAUACUCCACAAUGUGAUUACCGAGGAAUGAAUGUUCAAAUUACACAUGCUUAA